AUGGACAACUUUUUCAAUUUGCUUCUUAAUAAAGUAACAUAUCAUCUUGAUCAUCCGCCAUUGAGAAAUCUGAAGUACUGCUGCUUUGUCACCAAAGUACAGCUCCUCUGUAUCUCCGGCAUCUCCGUCACUGUCCUCAACACCGGCCACAUCCAACGAAACCUCCUCUGUCACACCAAUGUCUUGUCCCGAUUCAGCCGCUACCCCAAUUUCCGUUUUCAGACCAUCUCCGACGGACUCCCCGACGACCAUCCUCGUUCCACCGCACGCUACAACGAGGUGUUUGAAGGAAUGAAAACUGUGACCGAACCAGCUUUCAGAGAAAUGAUGGUUUCUGGAUGCUUCAGUUCCAAAUCCGAUUCUUCGGUGACUGUUGUAAUACCCGACAGAUUCUUUUCAUUUGCACUUGAUGUCGCGGAAGAGAUACAGAUUCCUUUGAUUUAUUUCGAAACGGUGAGUCCUUGCGCUCUCUGGACGUACUUGUGUCUUCCUAAGCUCAUCGGAGCCGGCGAGGUCCCUUUCAACGGUAUCGAUUUGGAUGUGUUGAUAAAGAACAUCCCCAGAACAGAAACUUUCCUCCGGUGCCGGGAUCUUCCAGGUUUCUAUCGUUACGAUAACCUAACCAAUCCCGUUAUGCAAAUCAUAAAGAACAAAGCUCGACAAGUUCCUCGAGCUCAUGGUGUCAUACUCAACACAUUCGAAGCUCUGGACGCAUCCAUACUCGAUCAAAUCCGCAGUCUUUGCCCAAACAUAUACUGCAUAGGCCCAUUACACACUCUGCUCAAAUCCGUUAUUUUCGGUUAA